AUGGCAACCAGACUCCUUCAAGCCAAUCUGCACCGCGCUCGUCAAGCCAUACCGCUCUUUGAGUAUACAAUGGUGGAGCGCGGUGCAGAAUUGGGGAUAGCGGCGGAGCCCCACUAUGUUCCAGAAAACCAUCCCAGAUGGUUCGGGGAUGAACUGGGCUCCGUCGCUAUCACAUGGAGGGCGAACAAGAACUCCCUUCCUGCAACCCAAUUAGGUAAAGGGAGUAGGUUCGUUGUGGCCAGGUGGGGGGCCCUGAUCAUGGUCGGGGUUUACCCCCCAACAAAGAGCCUGGAUCUACCAGACUUUAGGUCCAGGCUCCAAGAUAUAGGGAGGGCCGUUAGGCGAUACCUCCCGGGGCCUGUCAUUAUCGCCGGGGACUUAAAUGCGAAAUCGGAGCUGUGGGGUUCCCGGCGAGGUGACAGGCGGGGAGAGGAGGUUGAAAACUGA